AUGGAUUUGACAACUGAAAUUUACGAGCAGCUCAUUGAGUUGAUGGAACUGGCCGGACGAAUCGUUGAAAUACGUGAUCUGAGCAACUCCAGUAAAGUGACGGAGGCAUUUGCGACUAAUGAAGCCGAGGAGAAUAGAUAUCUACAGGUCAUUAACCUCGACAGGCAACUUCAAAAUUGGUAUAGGCGAUUGCCUGACCGCAUGGCAUGGAAGCCGAGCAAUGUCAAGACAGCUCCUUACAGUUUUUUCCUCUUACAUCAGCAAUAUCAUGUCACUAUGAUUUUACUGCAUCGACCAUGGGCCAAAUAUGGCUCAAUUUCUGGCGACAGUUCGAGCACGGGAUCGCAUCCAAGUCCUGAAAGCGACAGAAAGGCAAAUUCAGAAAGCCCCGGGCACCACUUUACUGCCGAGGGUUCGUCCAUGUCUACCGAUGACCGUCAACGUGUGGUCCACGGGAGCCGCACAUCGCUGGCCCGCAGUAUAUGUACUCAGCAGGCGAUUCGUGUAGCACGAAUAUUCUGGCAGCAUCGUCAAAGAUUCGACGGACGAAAGAUUUUCAUUACGGGAAUGCAGCAUGCUGGUACUGCAUCAAUAGCAUUGAUUGCUGCACUUGCCUACCAGCGCAACGAGCCAAAUCGCCAGACAUAUAUCGGCUAUCUUGAAAUUCUAUCUGAUGCUGUUGGCGACAUGAGCGCUACAUACCAUCCAGCCAGCAGGAUGGAUGACUUGCUCAAGGCUGUACUUGAGCAGAUUCGUAGCAGCAUGACUGACGUUUCACGGUCGCGCAGCGGCAGCGCAGGGCAGCAGGUCGUUAGUAUUGGUGCCAGUAGUGCGAGGAGCGGCGUCUCUUAUGAUGGCAAUACAUCCGUUCCUGUUGUUCCUGUCAGGCGAGAAGCCGAUACUGACUUCAAUCAACCCCUCAAGAAAAGACGUCCUUCUGUUCACCGACAAACGUCUGACUAUGCCUCAUCGAAACCGUCUUAUAUCGGUAUAACAUCACAACCGGGACCACCUCUGUCUCUGGCGCAUGGCCAACAAAGCCAAUCACCCCUUGAUCCCAAAUUUCUUCCCAUAAGUUUGCACAGCCAGCCGGAACAACUUGGCCUGACGAUGGUGGGGGCUAACGCGGUCAGUAUGCAUCCUGAACUUGCUACAGGCCACAUGGUCGGCACACUCAAUGCUGCGAACCUCGGUAACCCAUUACAUGACAAUUGGGGCCUGCCUAACAUGCAGCCCUCUUUUCCGCAAGGUCAAUUUCAUGGUGCCAUAGACUGGUCUGCCGGAACUGCUGGUCUCAGUGCCAGUUCGGUACUGAAUCAGAGUGCCGCCAUGUCGACUGGAAUCAUGUCAGGAGUGGCUGCUUUCAGCUCAGCGAAGGAGCCCCCGAAAUUCGGAGGUGGUGAGGGUGGUAUGCAUGAGUCUUCAUCCAGUAAGCUCCCUCAUAUCGGUACCAACUGGACAAGUACCAACGUCGGGCCUGUAGGUUCAGGCAGGAUGCAGGAAUAUGGUCCAAAUCUGGGCAAGGCAACACGUCUGAAUGACGGGAACAACGAUGAGCAAAGAAACUACUCUCUUGACUUUUUUAAUUUUGGUUAG